AAACAAUAUGAACUAGACGGAGUGAAUUCCACGUUUCCACGAAAAAUCAUUCUCGUCGCUACUUACCGGUGACCAACUGAUACUCGCGAGUCGCGACUGAGUUCGACCAUAUUCACACUCAUUUCCUUCUAACCCACCAAAACCCUUGUUAACCCCCGCCUCUCUCUCUCUCUCUAACAUUUGUGCAUCGCUGCUCCUUCAUUCUCUCUCUCUCUCUCUCUCCACAACCAAUGUGGAUCCACCGUUCACUCCUCACCCGAACCCUCCACCUCCGCCGCUUCACCCAAUCAUCCGCCGCCGCGGCACUAACUCGCGAACCCGAAGUCCAAACCAUCGAACAGGAGUUCCCCAAACCGGACCCCAAGUAUGCCGAGACCAUACGCGCCGUCCCGCGCGCCGCCUCCGGCAAGAACAUCGCCGCCAAGGAACGCAAGGCGGGGCGCGUCCCGAGCAUCGUGUUCGAGCAGGAGGACGGCCAGCACGGCGGCAACAAGCGCCUCGUCUCCGUCCAGACCAACCAGAUCAAGAAACUCGUCACCCACCUCGGGCGCUCGUUCUUUCUCUCCAGGCUCUUUGACCUCGAGGUCCGGCCCGAUUUCGAGUCCGAGGAUGUCAUCGAGAAGGUCCGCGUGUUGCCCCGAAAGCUUCAUCUGCAUGCGGGUACAGAUAGAGUACUCAAUGUGACCUUCAUAAGGGCCCCAUCACAUGCAUUGUUGAAGGUUGAGGUUCCUCUUGUGUUUAGAGGAGAUGACAUAUCGCCUGGACUAAAAAAAGGUGCUUAUUUGAACAUUAUCAAAAGGACGGUCAAGUACCUUUGCCCUGCGGAUGUCAUCCCUCCCUAUAUCGAUGUUGAUCUGAGCGAGUUGGAUGUGGGCCAAAAGUUGCUGAUGGGAGACCUUAAAGUUCAUCCGGAUUUAAAGCUUGUUCAGUCAAAAGAGCAACCUGUCUGUAAGAUUAUGGGAUCGAGAGUUUCUGAUCAACAAAAGAAAUCGAAGUAAUCACCUGAUUUCAAUUUUUUUUUUUCUUCUUCUUCUUCUUUGGAAUAGCCCUGCUAACAAAAUCUGCAUCUGGGCAUGAGGCAGCUAUAAUAUAUGUUAGUCCAGCUUCAUGAUUUUGUUUUGAUUUUUUCACCCUUUUAAGGGAUAGUGUUAACAGAGUAAUAAUGUUGUUUGUGCUUGAUUGUAGUUCAUUUUUCUUUUCAUUCGUGAAGGAAUUUGGGGGUGGGUUGUACUUA